AUGGCCGUCGCGCGGAGCUCGACUAGACCUGUCGGCCGACCGGCUGCCCAGGCCUCCUCCUGUUCCUCGGCCGAUGUGGACUUUGAAGCUGCCUACGAACAGGUGUUGAAAGCGCAGAAAGCCCGCGACACAUCCGCUCGCCGCGAUCAACCCGCAAGCAAGACUGCCACGGCCACGGUGUCCCACUGGAUUUGGUGCCUGGUCCGCUGGUGUCUAUCUGUGGUCUGCUGGUGUUUUUCCCUGAUCUCUCAUUUGGUCAAGUGGCUGGGGCUAAGCUGGGCCCUAGCUCUCGUCUGCUGUCUUCUGUACAUCUUCCAAGAGCACCUCCGUCUGGGGCCGUUGUUUCAACUGAUGUUGAGCCUCUUCGCCACAGCGACAAAGCUUAUCAGCUCCCCCGCGCAAGACAGAUCGUGGCGUGUUGGCCCACCCCCGCCGCUCAUGCCGUUUCACUACCCCAACACGAUCGACUCCAUCGGGAUGAUCGCGGAGGAUUCAGUCUACCGACUCAUGGCCGCCGUCGGAAAAGAAGACGCAAUUGUGCACGUCGCGUUCGGGCACGCCGACCACAUCAGCAGCCUGGGUCACGAAAUGUCCACUUUCCACGACAGCGUGUCAAGGAGGGCGGCAGACGAGCUCCUGGUCCUCGACACGUCGACCACCUGGAAGGUCGCGGCGUGGCUCUCAAACAACCUGUCUCUCACCUCUACGCGCCACCAAGACUUGCAUCUCGAGGACUUCGAAAUCUUGAACGAGACGGCCGCCCACCUUCUCCAGGAGAUCGACGCCGAAAAGCGGACCUGGCGGGCCUGUGAAGAGUCCAGGCUACUACAUGUGCGCGGCAGGCAGAGAAAGCUAGACCGGACGUACGGAGUGGUGAGCGGGCUGAAGUCGGCGUUCACCUUCCUGCAAGACGACUACACACGCGACUUGCUCCGACGAGAGAUUGAGAUAUUGGAGAGAGAGGUCAAAUUCCUGACGGACAACGUCCGAGCCCAGAUGGCGUUCGUCUCCACGGAGGUCUCCUCGACGGUCAAGGUCAUCAACAGGGUCACCGAACUGCUGGCUCGCGCGCAGAGCCAAGGCCAGACACUCGACCGUCGCGACCUUGCGGAUCUUUAUGCGCAACUCAAAAAUCUCGAGACGGUGUCCACAGCAGCGCAGAACGGCGGGUGGCCAUGGCCAGAGGUCUUCCAGCAUUUCGGGCAAGAGCUCUCCGACGCGCUAGCUCGACACACGAGGAACCCAACCGGCCUAGGACAGGAUGGAGAAGCGGCCAACGCAUGA